GCCAACUCUCUUUCUAGGCAAGCCAGAACGCGCACGCUGAAUGCCAUUCACCCCGGACGAUUAUCAGUAGGACGACAGAGCUUGGACGCCUCGGGACUGCGCAAAUGCCCAACGAACGUCUUGUCACCGUUUUUCACCAUAAUAAUCUAUGCCCCAACAUAUAACGUGCCCCCACUCCAGGCUAGCAUUUGUGUGCAGCUGCGGGUAUCAGGGCUUAUAGACAAUAUUUUUUUGAACAAUAUGCAGCGGCUGCUGCUUACACUUUUGGUUGGAGUUGCUUCGUUACGCCUCACUUAUGGCGAGGCGUCCUGCGCACAGACGGACGAAGAGCUAGCACCGAUCUAUGAAGGCCUAAAUAAUGAUGUGAAGUAUUGGAAGGAUAAGCUGGGAGCCAGGCAGCUGAACUCAACUGACUUAACGCUGCUGUUUAGCCGGAAUGCUCUGCCCUGGGACACUAACCCGUGGACGGAUGAGGGCACCGGCAUGGCCAAUGCUGAGUUUACAGCAGUGGCUAUCAUUGACAAUAAAUGGUACUUCCCGUUUAGGGAAUGGGGCUACGACGCCAACUGCUCAAGGCGCGAGGACUGGUGUUCUCCGCGCAUGACAGCCAUGCAAACAGCAUUCAACAGAUGGGCACAGCAGACAAAGUUCCCGGACUCCAUAUUCCUACUAGACCUCGAAAACGGCGGUACAUGUCGUACAGAGGCUCAAUGCCCGGCGCCUAUUUUGGCAAUCUUCGGUCUGCUCCGAACACCCGAGUUCGCUUCCGCCGACAACCACCGCAUCCCCCACGGGCUGGGCAGCAUCCUGGUGCCGGACACGGCGCACAACUCUCAUGACAUGAAGCUAGUCAGCAAGCCCUGGGGGGAGAAGAUGAGGAAGGCCAUCUUCCGCGGUGCCGCUCACUGCCCGCAGUUCCACGCCAACCCCUUUGCCCGCUGCUCCCGAAAGGAGUACACGGAGCUAGCCAAGGGGGCGGGAGCUGGGGUGCUGGAGAUGAUGGAAUGGGACGAGGCGGUAGGUCCCUUCCACGCGGACGGUCAGAGCUGGCCUGAAGACUACGGCAAGUACAUGUUUGCUCUGGCGCUGGAAGGGAUCUCGGGAUGCGUUAAGUUGGAGGAGCUCCUCCACGUCAAUUCUGUCGUACUCAAGGAGUGGAGCCCCGUGGUAGAGUACUACAUGCGCUACCUGCGUCCCCACGAGCACUACCUGCCCAUCCUCUCCUCCUCGCCCACCGACGUCCUCGACGUCAUCCGCAACACGACGGUGGAGGAAGGGCAGCGCAUCGCGAGCAACGGCCAGGAUUUUGCGUCACGAUUCUUAUGCGACCACGCCAAGAUGCUGUAUUUUAAGAAAGCGCUGGAGCAGUAUAAGGCCCUGUUUAGUGACAUGGAUGCCUACAUUGCGCAGCGUGUGAGGCCGCUGCUGCAGGCGAAAGAAAAGUUGGGACUGGGACAUACCCGCUAUCCCAGGACGGGAUGAGGAUAAGAGUGAGGAAUCGGUGUGUUAGAGGGACACCAGCCCAAGACGGGGCGGCGGUGACAUGGUAUUACAUAUAGGGUGCCCUUUUGGUAGGGAGUUUAGGGGGCGGCCCAUGUAACAACAAACACAGCAACGAACGGGUUGUUGUGGCUCGCUUGGACAAACUCAUUCCCCGGCGUCUUGCCCUAACUUGUGGUUUGGUAGUUCUAUGACCCGGGUGUUUCUUUGCCUUGCACGUCUGUGGUAGGUCACAAGAACAGGUACGGAGAAGUUGGGGCUGGGGCACCUUCCCCAAGGCGACCGUAAUAAGGGUUGCUUAGGAUUCAUUCCCGCAGCCGGGUCAUUUCGCUGUUGGGUGCAAUUCGAGGGAGGGAUCCGUGGUUCGAUUACACUCUCAGGAGCCUAGGUCUAAGCCACAUGUACAUGUUGAAUCCGUGUACAUGGGGAAUCGUAUGCGUUAACUGUGAGAAUGUCUUCUUAGGGUAUUGGAAACAAAAGCAGGGGAGCGUGAUCGGGAUACGACAUACAGGCCUCAACGUGCCAUACAUUACACUGCGUCAUGGCUCGCUGGGCUAUGUAACUUAAUCAGUCACGAC